AUGUCAACACUACCAAAGCCCCUACCUGUUGUUCUGUGUGGCAAGAACGCAGCUAUAGGAGGGGGUGUGUCGAAUUUCCUGAAACCCGACUACGAAGUGGUCCAUUUCAUUCAAACCAAUGAAGCUGCCUUAAAAGAAAUUCCCGAGCUCCUGGCAGGACGUGAUCCCCAGUCUUCCGAUAACAACGGCGUUGGCACUCAUGAUUACAGCACACCUCCACGCGCAGUGAUCUUCGGUCGGGGUUAUUCCCUCGAAGACAUUGAGCAGUUCUACGAGGCUUGUGCUGGAAGUAAUGUGGAUCCGGUGGUUUGGAUCGCGGGUGAUCCCGCUAAGAAGCCCGACCCCAAUGCGACCCCUCCUGGCCCAGGCUAUGCCAAGUCUGCGACCGACGGUGUGAAAGCGUUGCUUGAGAAGUGGAAGGAGGAAGGAGCUACUCAGGAUGGAAUCGUUUUAUGGUGA